AUGGACCGGCUCGAUCGACUGCGAAAGCCGGUCUCGACGGUGUCGAUCCCCGGCGCUAUGAAGCCAUACUCCGGAGGGAGGGACGCAGCGACCGAAGAGGCGGGUGUUGCUCUAGUUGGUGUGCACAGCGAGUACCCGCGCUUCGGUGAGGAACGAGCCCUAGGCGGCGGCACGUACAAAGGCGGGGGGACAGCUAAGCACAAACCAAACAUAGGAUAUAGGUUAGGUAGGCGAAAGGCAUUAUUCGAAAAGCGAAAACGAAUAAGUGACUACGCUUUGGUAAUGGGAAUGUUUGGUAUUAUAAUAAUGGUAAUAGAAAACGAACUUUCUAGUGCUGGUGUAUACACGAAGGCAUCUAUCUACUCGCAAGCGUUAAAGACACUAAUAUCCAUGUCGACUGUGAUUUUACUUGGCCUAAUCGUUGCUUAUCACGCUUUAGAAGUUCAGUUAUUUAUGAUAGACAAUUGUGCCGAUGAUUGGCGGAUAGCAAUGACAUGGCAGCGAAUUGCACAAAUAGCUUUAGAGUUAGCUAUUUGUGCCGUCCACCCUAUUCCUGGCCAGUAUACUUUCACGUGGACCACGAAACUGGCGAAUAAAGGUGGUGUUAUAGGUGUUGAAGUCGUUCCUUACGAUGUUACACUAUCAUUGCCAAUGUUCUUUCGUCUGUAUCUCAUAUGCAGGGUUAUGUUGCUUCAUAGCAAAUUAUUCACUGAUGCCUCAUCUCGAAGUAUAGGAGCUUUGAAUAGAAUUAAUUUUAACACGAGAUUUGUACUGAAGACACUUAUGACAAUUUGUCCAGGCACAGUUCUUUUAGUGUUUAUGGUUUCCCUUUGGAUAAUAGCAAGCUGGACAUUACGCCAAUGUGAAAGGUUUCACGAUGAAGAACAUGCUAACCUACUCAAUGCGAUGUGGCUCAUUGCCAUAACAUUUCUCUCCGUUGGUUUUGGAGACAUUGUGCCAAACACAUAUUGCGGCAGAGGUAUCGCCGUAAGCACCGGUAUAAUGGGAGCUGGAUGCACAGCGUUAUUAGUCGCGGUUGUUUCAAGAAAGUUAGAAUUAACUAGAGCUGAGAAGCACGGGGCAGGAUGUACAGCAUUGUUAGUGACCGUUGCUUCAAGAAAAUUAGAAUUAACUAGAGCGGAGAAACACGUACAUAACUUCAUGAUGGAAACUCAACUCACCAAAAAGUUAAAAAAUGCAGCCGCCAAUGUAUUGAGAGAGACUUGGUUAAUUUAUAAACACACACGGCUUGUGAAAAGGGUACAUCCUGGGCGUGUGCGGACUCAUCAAAGAAAGUUUUUGUUAGCUAUAUACGCGUUACGAAAAGUUAAAAUGGAUCAAAGGAAGUUAAUGGAUAAUGCAAAUACCAUAACAGAUAUGGCAAAGACCCAAAAUACCGUUUACGAAAUAGUUUCGGAUAUGAGUACCCGACAAGAUACUAUAGAAGAGAGAUUAACUAGCUUAGAAGAAAAAUUGACGGCAUUACAGGAACAAAUGAAUACUUUACCGGAUGUGAUGGCGCGGUGUUUCCAACAACAUUUUGAGAGGACUGAACAACGCAGAAACUAUCUUCAUCCGGAUACGGCCGCAGCACCUACACCUCCGUCAUCAACCAUCUCACCUUAUUCUAGACCUCUGGCAUCAGCGUCACACCCGUGGCCACCUAGUCCAGUUGUUCAACAAGCUACGAGAGCACACUCGACUUCCGAGAGUAUCGCAGCCCACUCCCAAACUCCUGUUCAGCCAACGCCGUCGAGCCCUGCGCCACUUAUGGCACGGACUCCACUACCUAGCUGA